CCCAGCAGCAGCUGCCAGCACUAAAGUCUCUUGGAUUACAAAAGACGUGGAAGGACAAGAAGCGUCCUUUGCCUCUGCAGCAUCAGCGCCCGAAGGCCUGACCAAGGAACCGACCCAGCCACUUCUCUGCAAACUUCCAGGGGCACUUAGGCAAAGAUGGCCAACGGUGGUCUGCAGAUGCUUGGCUUCAUCCUGGCCUUCAUUGGCUGGAUUGGCAUCGUCAUCAGCACAGCCAUGCCCCAGUGGAAGAUCUCCUCCUAUGCUGGGGACAACAUCGUGACAGCCCAGGCCAUCUACCAGGGCCUCUGGAUGACCUGCGUCAUACAGAGCACCGGACAGAUGCAGUGCAAAGUGUACGACUCCCUCCUCAAGCUGGCAGGCCAUCUGCAGGCUACCCGGGCCCUGAUGGUGGCCAGCAUCCUCUUGGGUCUCAUUGCAACUUGUGUUGCAGUGAUUGGAAUGAAAUGCAUGAAGUGCAUGGAAGACGACGAGGUCAAGAAGAUGAAGAUGGCUGUCCUUGGAGGCAUUAUGUUCCUGGUCUCAGGUUUUGCAGCACUGGUGGCCACAUCUUGGUACGGAAAUACUGUGGCUCGGGAGUUCUUUGACAUUUACACACCCGUCAACACCAGAUACGAAUUUGGGCAAGCUCUUUUCGUUGGCUGGGCAGCUGCAUCUCUGGUCCUGUUGGGCGGAGCCUUCCUCUGCUGUUCUUGUCCCAGAAGAGAAACUUCUUACCCACCCACUCGACCGUACCCAAAGAGCGCCCCUUCUGGAGGGAAAGAUUAUGUAUAAUAGUGGAUGGAGAUGGAACUACCUUGGUAUUGAAGAACCCCAAAGGAUGCUGCCUUUCUGAAAGCAGAGCAUGCAGCUUUGGCCUGCUGCUCUCUCUUCCAUAAAUCAAAUGUGUAUAUUUAUAUAAAUACCGGUGGGUGGGUGGGUGAGUGCAUGUGUGUGAGUGCAACCAAUUCUGUUGUUGGAUGUGUGAUCCUUCCUUGCCUUCCCACCUGAUCAGUGAUGAGGAAGCCCAGCCCCAAACAUGUAGGUAUUCACAAUGAAAUGGUUGUGAUGCAUCCAUACUUAGCAGAAAUACUUCCUUUCACUGGGAGACAUCGACCAUGUUUGUUCGGAUUUUCUGUUUAUUCUCUGAACAUGUGUCGACAACUACGCAUGCUCCUACCAUGUACUUUCACGAUCCCUGUUCUUUUGUAUAUAUUCUUUGUCAAAGCAAUAUAAUAUGUUAGCAUAGUGUAGGAGACCAAAUAUUCAAAAAUACUGGAAAAAAUUGUCUGCUUGGAGAAUCCUAUUGAAAGUGUGAAUGUGUUGGAGUUUGGGUUUGUCCCCCUCUUUCCUGUAGGCAUGGGAAUGAGGAAGCUGUGGAAAGCAGAGCAUCCAGAUUCUACCCCACUGUCAGAGUGGGUGGGAGUGUCUGAACUUCCUUACAAGGAUCUCAUUCCAUUCCCUACUGCCCUGCCUCCAGAAAACUUUCUUCAGGCCAAGAGUCUCAACUGGGUCUGAGCAGGGAUCUAGUUUCAAAUUCCAUCUCUGCCAGCCUCUUGCUCACUGAGUAGCUUUGGCAAUGUCAAUAGUGUCCAUUGGGACUACCGUAAAAUGUCAUCAGGAGGAUCAAAAGAGUUGGGGGGAGGAUGGCAUCAGUUGCCUUCAGGGGCCAUGAACUGUGACUCAUGGACUUGAUAUUCUGUACACCACCCAGGAUACAGUGGGCUCUAAAGCAAGGUCUCCAGCACAUGUUACUACUAGUGACUUUACUAGCAGUAAACUCACAAGCCAAUGCAGUGAUUUACAUAAUGAUAACGUUUAUUUCUCAAGACCUUGCGUAUAUCAUACGAUCCUCCCAGGCCCUCUAGGUGCCAAAGCAGAGAGAGCUCAACCUAGAUUUUGAUAAGAAUGGGCUGAUUGAACAUUUUUAGGUGCUCAAUACAUAGCGGCCCAUUGUGCAGAGAGGUGGGGGGGGGUGGCUCCACCACCCCCAUAGUCACUUGGAGGUGGAACAUUCAAACUAGCCCAAAUUGCAUGGUUGAUACUGACUGACAUGAUGAACAACCCUGUGUUGAUGUUGGGGACCUGCCGGGGCUGAUCUGUAACUUGAAAGGCAGCCCCAAUGGUGUGGUGUGAAGCAGUUGUUGUAGAAUGCCUUGACACUGCCUCUGGGCACUCGUACAGUGCUAUUGCCAUGGUUUCCCAUGGAAUAUAGGAAGCUGCCAUAUACUGAGUCAGACCAUUGGUCCAUCUAGCUCAGAAUUGUCUACACAGACUGGCAAUGUUUUCUCCAAGGUUGCAGGCAGGAGUCUCUCUCUCAGCCCUUCCUGGAGAUGCUGCCAGGAAGGGAACUUGGAGCCUAGAUGCUCUUCCCAGAGUGGCUCCAUCAUCCCCUGAGGGGAAUAGAUCUUGCAGUGCUCGUGCGUAGUCUCCCAUCCAAAUGCAAUGAGACCCUGCUUAGCCAAGGGGACAAUUCCUGCUUGCUACUACAAGACCAGCUCUCUUCGCUGCAGUAGUGCUACAGAGGCAGUGCUCUGCAUCUGCCCUGGAAGCAGUUUUAAGUCAUGCUGCAUCGUUGGGGCUGUUUUUCUCACAGACCUGGUGAGUCCCUCAUGUUGGCCAGUAUGUGGAUGUGGCUGGUUUGGAUGUUUCACCCUCACACUAUGUGAAGGUAGGGAAGAGCAGCAUGUCCUCUCUCUUCUUGAUGCAGUGGACUGCCAUGGAUGGAGAGUAUCAUCCAAACCACCCCAAUAUCACUAGAGGACAGAGAGGAAUGCCCCCCCCCUCAAGUCACAAAACGAUGCCGCUAAGAAACAUUCCGGGUGCAGACAUCUGAGGCUGUGGUUCGAUUCACGAUGCUGCCAGGAAUCUUGUUGGCCUUGAUGAAAACUGUAAAUCUUGUUUCGCUUACUUCGGAGUAAACAUGCAUAGGACUAGGUGACAUGCCCAGUACCUUUCAACCACAGCCCACUCCCCUAUUCACAAGCAGCUUGUAGAAGAAUCCUCAUCUUCACCUGGUCACCAUCUUAACUGGUUCAGCCUCAGUAAGGAAAUGAGACUUUUCUAUGCAGAUGUUGUAUAAAGUGUUAACCAUUUUCAAUAAAUGUAACCAUGUUUUUUA